AUGCUUGGAUCAUAUUUAUCCAUUAUACAAGAGUCCAAAAAGAGAAGACCUGUUUUAGCGCUUUACUUAACAAAUCUGGUAAGACUUGACCCAUUUCGCGGUAAAACACUUGACAAACCAAAAAUAUUUUUCUUUUUUCUGAAAUAUAUUUUAGUUUUACAAAGUUCUUGCGCCCUUUUAACAAACAGAAAUAAGGUUUUCAUUGUAUUAAUAAUGGCAGAAAGUUAAAUUGGAUCUAUUUGACAACGGAAAGAGUACUUUCCUAUACCAAUUGAUGUUACCUUCAAAAUCUUUUUCAGGCAUCAGAAUCUCUGUUUUAUCAAUUAAGAGACCGUGGUUAUGUUAAAAACAUACCAAAUGGCAUUCCUUUACUUUUUGCCAUUGGGUUGGGCUUGUUGUUUUACUUUAAAGGCAAAGGUAUAUCGUCUGAUAUGCAUGGUAUCUUGAGUGCUACUCAUUCACUGAAUGAUAAUGACAAACUACCAUUUUUGGACAGAUUACCUGAUGGUAUUCGAAAUGUGUUCAACGACUUGAGGAAUAGCUAUUCUAAAGGACAUCAUUGUUCUCAUAAACAUAGUUGUGCUAGCAAUGUUGUUGAGGUAAGCCUUCGCUUAUUGUUUUCAUUAUUUAGGUUUUUAUAUCAAGCGAAGCACGAUUUAAACCUGCUUAUGAUACUUUAAUUAGUUGUCAUGGAGUGUAAAUAAAAAUUUUCAGUCUUCGCUAGUCAACUUCAAGUAUGGUCUGGGCCUGUCAUUUGUGCUAACAGCUAUAAAAUCAAUUUCAAAUCCGAAAAACUUUGUCAAAAACUUACUUUCCACAAAGACUUUGGCUUUACCUGCAUUUUCUGCUUUAAUGCCUGGAAUUUAUCAUGUAAGUCUUUAAAUAUAGUUUUUCGUAUAAGAUGAAAACAUUACGUUUUUUUAGAUUUUAUACGUAUUAGCAUCUAACAUCAAAAGAUGAAGAAAAACAUAAAUUUAUAUAUUUUUAGACAGUAAAUUGCACGCUAAGAAGAAACACAAAAUUGUCACAUACCACGGUGACAACAGUAGCUGGAUUUUCUUCUGGAGCUGCAAUGUUGGCAUGGCCUAACAUUACAAUUGCUAUGUACAUAUUUUGGAAAGCCAUUGAGGUAACUGCACUAUUCAAAAACUUUUCUUUUACUGUCGUAUCCUACAAAAACCUAUUGUCGAAACUUACAAAGGCAUUCUUAUAACUUUUACGUUGAAAUUUGUGUUAUACGCAAAAAAGUGCACAUUUAAUUUAAAAAAAAACCUUUUAGAGAAUCUACCAUUUAAUGGCGGACAAAGGCUAUUUGCCGCGGUUCAAAAACGGUGACACGUUGCUUUAUUCUAUUGUUACUGGAUAUAUUGUGGGUAAUUGUAUAGUCGAACCUCAUGCAUUACGACCAGCGUACUAUAACAGUUUCAUAAGAGGGUUGACAAUCAAUCAGUAAGUAUAUAACGCCUUUAAUUCAACACACUUUACUUUACGCUUAAAAAAAACAAAAAUAACCUUUUUUUGAGUUAUCAUAUAUAGAUUUGUUCUUUUAAAAUUUUAAUUUAGUAUUGACUACGUUAACCGUUCGUAUCUCCGCCCCUUUGGGUUUGAUUCAGAUCGUCUAUAUCGUCAAAAAGCUAGUGUAAUUAAUGUGAUGACAAAACUUAAAGGAAUUAGUUUCGAAAUUGGAAGUCAUUGA